GCCGAACGCAUCGGCGACGCCAACGGAAAGUGUUAACUUCGUCGUGCGUGUGGCGUGUGGUCCGCAGCAAAACGACGCACCAGACACACUGCAAAUGAAGAACCAACUAGAGAACGGUGCAAGUGAACCGGACGAAAACGUUAGCAUUUUAUUAGGAAAUCGCUAAAGAAGAAGUUCGUAACAGUUUUCGUUUCGUUUGUUUUUGUUUUUGUUCACUUCCAAACGAAGAACAAACGCCGAGAGAAGGGAUUAGAACAAGAGAUUGUAUUUCCUUGUGGCUGCCAGUCUUAUUAUUCUCUCUCUCUCUCUAUCUCUGUCUAUACAUAUAUAUCUCUCUCUCUUCCCUUAAGUUAUAUUUGUAAGUAAGGCGCCACUAUUCUCCUUUCGGGGACUAAAUUAUCACAUUAAAAGAAAAGAAUGAAAAUUUAUCCGGGCUCUGGCCGUUAACGAAGCUAUGUUAAGAACACAGUAUCGCGCCACAAUCCUAUCGUGAUCCCGCGCGGGUCCAGAAGUGACGAGUAAGGGACCGAAAAGCGCACCCUUCUCCGCUCCUUCAUGCAAACGGCAAGAAAACGUACCCUCAGACGCACACUCACAACACUUGCUGGAAAGUAAGAGUAAACACAGCUGGAAAAACGGAACAAGCAAGCAAAGUCGUGUGAGGAAACGCGUGAAAACGUCCCGGUUAAGAGGGCAGCAACAUCCUUUGGAAGGUGGCGCGAACGUAACGUUUAGAGUUAAAAGUGUGUACAGUCCGAAGGGAAACCGAGAGGGAGAGAACGGAAUCUUAACUUUGCAAGAAGAACACACACAAACGGUAUAUAUGACAAACAACAGUGCGUCUAAUCAUACAACGAUAGAGCCAAGGGUCCACCGGUUUAUUUUUUAUAUAAGAAAUUAAAAUGGAUGCCUACUAUCGAUACGAUCCCACUGCCCCGCGGGGCAUGGGUCCACCGGGCGGCCAGGCUGGAGGUCCGUACGCGCGGCAUCGAGCCCCACACCCGAUGCAGCAGCAGCAGCCUCCGCCCCAGACCCAGUAUUCCUCGUACCAUCAACCUGGCGCCACCGACUCGAUGUACUCGAUGCCGGAUCACAGUGCCGCCGGGAUGGCCGGUAUGGGGGACGUGUGGGGGGCGCAGCCGCCACCACCACCGCAAGCGAACCCGUAUGCGUCGCCCAUGGGCUACGGUCUCCCACAAGGACCGCCCCAAGGUCCGGCGCAGCGUCAGACUCCAGCAGGUUAUCGACAGCACAUGGGAGGUUAUCCGCAGCAGGACCCACAAAAGCUGCAAUACCCAACGCAGCAGUCGAUGAUGGGUGGCAUGAUGCCACCUCAGCAGGGUUACGGAUCGCUCGGUCAACCGCAGCAGCAGCAACAGCAGCCUCCGCAGCAGCAGCAGCAACCCCAGCAGCAGCAACAGCAGCAGCAGGCUCAGCAGCAGCAGCGAGUUUCGCAGCACUACCCGCAGCCGGGGCACUCCAUGUAUCCGGGAGCUCCGUCGGCGGCGCAGUCUGCGUACGGUGCGUACGGGCCGGCGGCGGCCGCCAUGCAACAGCAUGCGGCACGGUCGGCCCAGCACGUGUACAAUCAGCACCAGCUGGAUCCGAGCGGGGGCUAUGGGCAACAUCUCGUCGGUAGCGGUCAGGUUCCCACAAGCCUGCACCAGCUCGGCGCACCCCAGCAGCAACCGCCCGGUGGAGGGGGUGGAGUGGUUCCGGGAGGUUUAGCUCCGACGCAUCCGUCGCAGCAGCCCUCCCAUCUGCCCCCGCAGUCCCAGCAGCAACAACAGCAGCAACAGCAGCAGCAGCAGCUGCACCAGACUCAUAGUGGUGGAGGCCAACCGCAGCAGCAUCCACAUCCCGUACUGGGAGGCAUGGGUGGGCCGCAGUCAUCGCAGCAGCAGGGAGGACAUCCGGGAAUGCCGCAUCACCCGGGGCCGCAACAACCCAAUCCGGCCACGGCGGGUCUACACGGGCUCGGCGGGCCGCUCGGCGGUGGCCAGCAGCACCCGAUGACGCACGGUUCGGCAAUGCCGGGCGUUCCCGGUGGAGGAGGCGGCGGUGGUUCAGCUGGAGGGGGAGGUGGUGGCGGUGGAUACGGUACCGGUGCGCCACAGCAACAGUCGUACCUGCCGAACGCCACAACCAAGCAGCAACCGACGCAGCAUGGUGGCAGUCCGCAGUAUCGGGCGCCCUUCCCUCAGCUGUCCCCCCAAAUGUCACCUAGGCCACCGCAGAUGUCACCCCAUACGCAGAUGUCUCCCCGUCCGGUGAUGUCACCUGCAAAACCGCCCGGUCCGCCGGUGGUUACUUCGCAAUCCCCGCAAGCACCGAUCACAUCGACUCACUCACCCCAUCCAGUGCACCUUGGAGGGGCGGGAUCGGGUGUGGCCGGUGGCAUGCAAAGUCCUCGACCGCAAGCUGGCACGAAGCUAACGGCAUCCAGUGCGGGUGGUAGCGUCGUCAGUGGACCCGGAGGUGGUGUAAAUACGACCUUGCAAGCGCUGGAGCAGAUGGUGAUGCCACCCGGUGCCGGCGUUGGCUCGGGAAUGGAAUACGCUCAGGCGGCGGCGGCGGCAGCGGCUGCAGCAGCAGCAGCCGCGUCCUACCGAGGCGGACCCCCGGGUCACCAGCAACAGAUGGGCAACAAUCCACUGUCACCACUCGGUCCCCGCUUACCUAUGUCGCCGCAGCAUCAGCAACAUCCGCACCAGCAGCAACAGCAGCAGUGGCCACCGAUGUCGGCCGUCCAGCAGCAGCAGCGACCGGGCAGUGGCGGCAUAAAUGGUAGCGCCCAUCACGGUAUGGGUGCCGUUCCGCCGCCCGUCGGUCACAUGCCACCGAUGCAUUCGGCACACGCGUCCCAUCUGCACCCGGGGGCGCACGGACCGCCACCGGGUGGUCCGCACGGGCAACAGCAGCAGCAGAUAAGCCAGCUGAACGACAUUUCCAGCCUGAUUCCUCCCGUGUCGCAACCCACCAUGCCUGUGAUACCACCCUCGUCGGCAACGGGACCACCCGGGCCUCCGCAGCCAUAUGGCAGCAUGGAUGAUAAGACGGGUGCUGGUGGUGGUGGGAUCGAUGUGGCCACUUCGGUCGCACAGCAGCAGCAAAAUGUACAUAGCCUUCACCAGCCGCAUCUUUCGCAGCCAUCGGCGGCCUCUCAGCCUUCGGCCCAGCAGCAGCAACCUCCUCCACAGCAAAUGUCGUCCAUGCAGCAGCAGCAGCAACAAAUGCAGCAACAGGCCAUGCUGACCCAGUUACAACCGGGAGGACAUCUACCGCCGCCCACCUCACAACAUCACACUCCCGGUCAGCACCAGCAGCCCUCGAUGCACCACGCGACGCUCGCAUCGAUGCAGCCGUCCAGUGGCGGCAGCGGCGGCCUGUCGCAUUCGAUCUCGCAGCAGCUCCACUCGCCGUCAUUUAAUGACGAGAUGCUGAUGUCGCCAAGCGGCCCCAAUCAGCAUCUGCAGAGUGUGAACAACCUUUCGCAGCAGCAAUCUCAGCAACAACAGCAACAAUUGCACCAGCCAAAACAAGCCCAGCAGCAGCAGCAGCAGCAGCAGGGACAGGGUUUGAUUCCACCACCAGGUUCGCAGAUGAAUGAUCUUCCUUCGCUGCACAGCGGUAGCUCCGUUGGGCCGCUAGUAGACCAUCAGCAGCAGCAUCCACACCAACAGCAGCACCAGCAGCAGCAACAACAGGGCGUCGUGGAACUGCCGCCAAUUUCGUCCAUUACGGACCAACAACAGCAGCAUCAUAUGCACCACCACAUGCAUCAUCAUCAUCAGCAUCAACAGCAGCAGCAGCAGCAACAACAGCAGCAGCAACACCAUCACCAUCACCACCAUCAACAACAACAGCAGCAUCAACUGCAAUCCCCGUCGCAGCAUCUCCAAUCAGCAGGUGGAAUGGUGGAACCAGUUUCCGAGCAAGCACAGCACCAUCACUCACAGCAUCAGCAGAUGCAACAUCAUCAGCAGCAACAUCAUCAACAGCAACAACAGCAACAUCAUCAACAGCAGCAGUUGCAACAACAGAAGCAACAGCACCAUCAACAACAACACCGGAAUCAGCAGCAACAGCAGCAGCAACAGCAGCAACAGCAGCAACAGCAACAGCAGCAACAGCAGCAACAAGUUCCAGUGCCACCGACUUCCGAUUUCAGUCUAAUCGAUAGUUUGGCUUCGAGCAAUGCAAAUGAGGCUCCGUCUAGCAUGGGACAAACAAUGGUACCAAGCGCAGGUCCGGUGUAUGGUCAUGAUUCGCUGACCCCGUUGUCCGCGACUGGUGUCGAUGUUAGCAGCGACCAACGUCAGCAGCAGCAACAUCAGCAGCAGCAGCAACAGCAGCAACAACAACAGCAGCAGCACCAGCAGCAGCAGCCUCAGCAACAACAGCAUGUCCUUUCUGCCGAGCAGACAACGACUGGAAGUAGCAGCAGUAACGAGGAAUCUCGUGACAGCAUCGUGCCUGCACCGGCCGAAUCGAACACGGACGAGUCGAAAUCGUCCAACUCGCUCAUGUCGGGCACAGACUUCGAGGCACUCCAUCAUCAACAUCAGCAGCAGCAACAACACCACCAGCACUCAACUGGCACAGGAAUGCUACAGCUCGGGCAGGAUAAUCUCGUCGACGAAGCGAUGAAGGAUGCCACCUCGGUGAGCCUUGGCGAUCAGUCACUGUUGGAUGCGAAGCAGGCGGGUGAGGAUACACUCGGAGGCUAUCACUCCGAUGGAAGUGGUCUUAUGCAGACUGGGAACAGUCUAUCCGGACCAACUGCUGCUACCGCUGUUGAAUCGUCCACACUGGAGCAGCAGCAGUCACAGAUGCAGUUGGAUUCGAUGGCAACGGAGCUAACGGACCUACAGGCGCCGGAAGUGACGACCGCCACGAAGAGUCCCGAUCAAACGCUGGUGCCAACAUCGACGACAUCGGCGGUUAACGAUAGCAGUACAAUAUCACCCGGUGGAGAACCAAUUAUUUCCACCAGCGCUGUCGCCGGACAGCCGGGCCAUCCGCAUGCGGCAACCUAUGCCCAGGCGUUGAGUGGGCAAAUGCCACAAACGAUCGGUGCGACAACCGGUCCGACGGGACCGGUGGGUCUUUACGGAACAGUGAUGAGCCAACAGCAGCAGCAAGGUGGAAUUAUUCCACCACCACCCGGAGGACAAACGGCGAUGGGUGGUGGAGGAGCGGGUGACAUGAUGGUACCUCCACCGCCACCACCGUAUCAGGCGAUGUCGCACGCCCAGGAGCGGACGGCUUUGCAGCAGCAAAUGCAGGAAAUGUACAAGCUACCGAUGGCCGACAACCAAGAGAAGAUAAUGCGCCUUCAGGAACGGAUCGCGAUACUGCAGCAGCACGAAACCACCGAUGGUUGUCAAGGGCUCGGACCACAGCCAUGUCUACUGCUACAAUCGUCGAUGCCACCUAUGUACGGUGCGCCACCGUCGGCGGCAGCUGCAGCCGCGGCGGCCGCAGCGGCAGCCAUGAUCGAUAGUCCGCAAGUGACAAGUACGACGGGCCGCGGCCGUGGUCGCACACAGUCCGCCAAACCACGCAAACCGAGGGCGAAGAAGUCGGAAAAACUGGCCCAACAGGAGGCGGCCGCAGCAGCGACUAUCGUUCCAGGCCAGACGGCGUCACCAAUCGCACCAUUGGUUGGUGGUCCGAUGAGUGGCGGUGGACUCAUUACGUCCGGCGAUGAAGCAUCGAUGCCGAAUGUUAUUGCUCCUGCGCUUGCCGGGGUGACGACUGGCGCUCCGAUGACGACGUUACUACCCGUUUCGGAGGACUCGGUGACGGCUGGAACCGGUUUGCCGGAGGUCAGCUCGGACGGUGGUUUCCACGAUCUGAUGACGCUGGAAGGAAGCGGCAUGGCGGGUGGUGAUCUUUCGCAAGACAAUUUGUCCUGCAGUGGCGGUGAUCUAGACACCUCGACCGAUGCUAGCGGAAAGAAGAUAAAGAAACCACGUAAGCCACGCGAGCCGAAGAAACCAUCCACCAAAGGUGGAGCGGCGGGUGCCGAUGGCAAGGAAUCGACGACGACUCCGUCGAAGAAGGAGAGCAAAAAGAAGGAGUCGAAAGAUAAAAAGAAAAAGAAUCGCAAGAGUGUCAACUCGAGCGAUGGCGACAAUUCGAUGUCGAUGGAAGACGAACUGGCGGACGUUGGCUCUGGCGAUCAAGAGCUCUCGAAGGCGGGUACGACGAUGAGCGAAAACGAGGAAAAUCAAUCGUUGGCCUCAUUGAUGAACGCGCAAAACUCGAACGAUGCCAACCCGGCACCGAGUAGUGGUGGUGGUGUUGGAGAAGAAAUCGCGGAAGAGAAAGAGCCCGCGGGUGGAACACAGUCGUCAACGGCCGCGGAUGGUGGCGAAGCGCCGGAAACUGCAACAACAUCGUCUUCCGCCAUCGGCGAGGAGGAAGAAGGUGGCGCAUCGGAUGGUACGACGAGUGCCACGGUGGCGACGAGUGAGAACACGACGCCAGUUAGCGGGGGUGAUACGAAGGACGGUAUCGAGGGAGUCACCGAUGGCGAGGAACAACUAAAGGACACAAUUACUACUACCAGCGGUGAAGGAGGAGAGGUCAAGGCCGAGGCCGAUGGUCCCACUCCAAUGGACGAAGUGACAGACUUUGAUGAUAUUCCGGUGUCGAAGAUUAACAAGAGUGACUUGGCGGACCCGGAUGGUAAACCGUCGGAACAAGCGGAAGGGAGUGCUACCGCUGGUGAGACGGAAACGCCCACCAAGAGUAAGAGCAAGAAGAGUAGUAAGAAAAGCAAGGAAGGUGGUGGUGAAGGAGGUGGUAGCAGCAGUAGCCGGAACCGCAGUCGCCCUAGUGGCGGAGGUUCAUCUUCGCGGCGCAGCGGUGGAGGCAGUAAAUCGAGUGGCGGUGGAUCGAAAAGUCGUUCCCGUCGAAGCCGUAUGAUCGUGGAGGAGUCGGAUGGCGAGGGAGACGAUCUAUUGAGCACACCGCCACCCUCACCGCCCCCAGACAUGGAAGCGGAUAGUUCGAAGCGUCGUUCGGCAAGAAACACACAGCGAAAGAAGUACGUGGAUGACGUAAUGCUUCGCUUCUCCGACGACGAGUCCGGCCUUAUCUCGCCAUCAUCAGGCUCGGGCAGGAAGGACCGGCGAUCGGAUGGAGCGGGGGCGGCGGAGCGAAAGGAUACUACCGACGGUGCAAUCGGUGUCGCGGCCGGUGAAGUUGCAGGUGGUGCUGUUGGUGAACCCGGCACUGUUGCACCGGAUGGUUCCGUAGUCCCUGGCGUUGCUGGAGUGGAUGCCGCCGGUGUGUCGCUCGGAACGCCAGUUGAAGGAGAAGAAAGCAAAGUGUCCACCACGGAGGCUGUGAAGGGUGCAGUAGGUGACUUGGAUGCAGAUGGAAAUCUGUUAGACAACGCGAACAAGCCGAAUGCAAAUUACGUUUACGUUAACACGGCGGAGGAAGAUUCUAUGGUUGUGCAAUUUGUGCUCGCCGUGCGCAGGGGUAGACGAGAGCUCAAGCCAGACCCGCCGCCACCUCCUCCGAAGGAGAAAACUCCGGAACCUGCUGAAUCCACGGGCGAGGUAAAAACUGAACCUAAAGAGGGAGAUGAAACUACAACCGCAGCCGGUGCUACUGAAGAGGGCGCUGUAAAAGUUGAACCUGAAGAGAAGCCGGUCGUUGACGGAGUGGCAGAAGAUAAGAAGAGCGAAGACGACAAAACUGCCAACGAUCAGGUGGUAAAGACGGAUGAAACUGUAGCGCCAAAACCGGCUGAGGAAAACAAUGGCGAGAAGAAGUGUACGGACGAGGAAAAGGAAACGCCCGUUGAAACCGCUGCUGAGAAGGAUGCGUGUUCCGAGGAAAAAAUGGAAACGGACGAGAAGGCCGACUUGCCUUUGAAGGAUGAUGCGGAAAAGACGCAAUCGGAGGACACAGCAACGGAGAAAGUCGUUGGCGCUGCCGUUGCGUCAACCGAACCAGCUACGGAAAAAAUGGAAACUGAUGAGGAAAAGGCUUCGUCAGCUACUAACUCCACUGCUGAAAAGACCGAUGAAAAAUCGAGUGUUGAAGAACCUAAGCAGGCCACCGAUGUUGAUGACAGCAAGAAGAAGGACGGCGAAGAGGAAGCGGGCAAGGAAAAGGAGUCCGACUCCGCAGCGUCCGAAAAGAUGGAGGUCGAUGAAGCGGCGGAAGAUUCUAAAGUGAAGGACGCUCAAAAACAGUCCGAUGCAGAAACGGCCGUGAAGAGUGAAGUCGCUUGCACCGAGGAUAGUGGUGAAAAGAAGGUGUGUGAUGAAGAAAUAGCUGCUGAAGGAAGUAAAGAGGUGAAAAAGGAAGAACAGGAUGCGGUCGAAGAAGAAGAAAAGAAACCGGAACCGGUGUAUAUCGAUGUAGAAGAGUACUUUGUAAAGUAUCGCAACUUUUCCUACCUUCACUGCGAUUGGCGCACGGAGGACGAGUUGCUGAAGGGCGACAAGCGGGUCGGUAAUAAGAUCAAGCGGUUCCUCAUGAAGCAACAGCAACAACUAAACAUUUUCGAGAGUCUGGACGAGGAGCCAUUCAAUCCCGAUUUUGUCGAAGUCGACCGGGUGCUGGACGUGUCGGAGCUCGUCGACGAUGAGGGCAAGACGGUGAAACACUAUUUCGUGAAGUGGAAGUCUUUGCCAUACGAGGACAGUACCUGGGAGUUGGAGGAUGACGUGGACCAGCCAAAAAUCGAGCAGUACUAUCGAUUUAACAAGAUACCCCCGAAGAGCGAGUGGAAGACGAAGAAAAGGCCGCAUCCGGACCAAUGGAAAGCGCUUACUGAGUCUCCGGUAUUCAAGGGUGGUAACAAGUUGCGUCCGUACCAGUUGGAAGGUUUGAACUGGUUGCGCUACUCAUGGUACAAGGGAAACAAUUGCAUCCUAGCGGAUGAGAUGGGUCUAGGAAAGACGAUCCAAUCGCUCACGUUUGUGAACUCGGUGUACGAGUAUGGCAUCCGGGGACCGUUCCUUGUCAUUGCACCACUCUCGACCAUUCCCAAUUGGCAGCGUGAGUUCGAAGGCUGGACCGAGAUGAACGUGAUCGUUUACCACGGUUCGGCGAACAGUCGCCAGAUGAUUCAGGACUACGAGGUACACUACCGCACCGAGACGGGUAAGCUGAUCCGAGACAUCACCAAGUUCAAUGUGCUGAUCACGACGUUCGAGAUGAUCGUAACCGACUACCAGGACCUUAAAAGUUUCAACUGGCGAGCGUGCGUCAUCGAUGAGGCACAUCGACUGAAGAACCGCAACUGUAAGCUGCUCGAGGGUCUGCGGCAGCUGAACCUCGAACAUCGGGUGCUCCUUUCCGGUACGCCGCUGCAGAACAACGUGAACGAGCUGUUCUCGUUGCUGAACUUCCUCGAGCCGAGUCAGUUUGCGUGCAGUGAGGAUUUCUUGCGCGAGUUUGGUAGUUUGAAGACGGAAAGCGAAGUGCUGAAACUGCAGGCACUGUUGAAACCGAUGAUGUUGCGCCGGUUGAAGGAUGAUGUGGAGAAAUCACUCGCCCCGAAGGAGGAAACUAUCGUCGAGGUGGAGCUGACCAAUAUCCAAAAGAAGUACUACCGUGGUAUUCUGGAACAAAACUUCUCCUUCCUCAUGAAGGGCACCACGUCGGCGAACAUUCCGAACCUGAUGAACACGAUGAUGGAGCUGCGCAAGUGCUGUAUUCAUCCGUUCUUGCUGAACGGGGCAGAGGAACAGAUUCAGUACGACUACCGGCAGCAGCACGGCGAGGAUGCGGAAUCGUACUAUAAGAAUCUGAUCGUUUCGUCCGGCAAGAUGGUACUGAUCGACAAGCUGCUGCCGAAGUUGCGCGCUAACGGUCACCGGGUGCUGAUCUUCAGCCAGAUGGUUCGCUGCUUGGACAUCCUGGAGGACUACCUAAUGUACAAGAAGUAUCCGUUCGAACGAAUCGAUGGGCGCAUCCGGGGUAACCUGCGACAGGCUGCGAUCGAUCGCUACUCGAAACCCGACUCCGAUCGGUUCGUGUUUCUGCUGUGCACUAAGGCGGGCGGUCUGGGCAUCAACUUGACGGCGGCCGACACGGUCAUCAUCUAUGACAGUGAUUGGAACCCGCAAAACGAUCUGCAGGCGCAGGCUCGCUGCCAUCGUAUCGGGCAGCAGAAGAUGGUCAAAAUCUACCGGCUGUUGUGUCGCAACACGUACGAGCGCGAAAUGUUCGAUAAGGCAUCGCUCAAGCUCGGCCUCGACAAGGCGGUCCUGCAGAGCAUGAACACGGGCCAGAACAAGGACGGCACCCAGCGGCAGCUGUCGAAGAAGGAGAUCGAGGACCUGCUGAAGAAGGGCGCGUACGGUGCCGUGAUGGACGACGACGCGGGCGAUAAGUUCUGCGAGGAGGACAUCGAUUCGAUCCUGCUGCGUCGUACGCAGAUCAUCACGAUGGAGAGCGAGAAAGGUUCGACUUUCUCGAAGGCGUCGUUCGCGGCGUCCGCCAACCGGAGCGACAUAAACAUCGACGAUCCGGACUUCUGGAACAAGUGGGCCAAGAAGGCGGAGAUCGAUCCGACCGCGUGCGAAAAGGACGAAACGGAAGAUCUGGUGAUUGCGGAACCGCGCCGUCGAACGCAGAUCAAACGCUACGGGCACGACGACGGUGUGAUGGACAUUUCGGACGAGUCGUCCGGUGAGCAAGGCAGCGAUGGCGAAGAAGGCGGCGGACUGAAGACGCGCAGCAAGCGAACUCGUGGCGCGAAAGAGCGCAAGAAACUGCAGCAGCAAAUGCAACACGAUGACUACGUACCGCGUGACCGUGAGACACUGGCGGUGCUUGGUGCGGACGAGGUCUCGUACGGCAACUGGGCGCGGUCGGAGUGUUUCAAAGUGGAGAAAGGACUUCUUUCGCACGGAUGGGCUCGCUGGACGGAAAUACUUGAACAGGGACAGUUCAAACGCGGCUGGCGUGAGCAGGACGUUGAGGAUUGUGCUCGUGUGAUCCUACUCUACUGUCUGGAGCGGUAUCAGGGUGACGAGAAGAUCAAAAACUUCAUCUGGGACCUGAUAACGCCGAACGAAGGCGGUGAGCAGCGGGAAAUCGCCCGCAAUCACAGUGGCUUGCACAAUUUGGUGCCGAGGGGACGUAACGCUAAAGGACGUAAAUCAACCUCCGGUUCAACGUCCGCCUGUAACACACCUAAGCGGGAAUCGGGAGGUAACGGUGGUGGUGGCCCAGUUACCCCAGGAGGCAGCACCGGCGGUGCACCGGCCAGCAGUGGUGCUGUGGCGUGUGACGCCAACGAAGAUGCGUCCUCAAACUCGUCAGGUCCGAAGCCGGAAAAGUCGGCCAAAUCUGGGUCCGAUACGGGCGGCACCACUACCCCGGUGUCCGAUCCACACCACUGGAGCAAAGACGACAAAUAUGAUGCGGACAAUCUGCUCGACAUCAACUACAAGAAGCACCUGACCAGACACGCAAACAAGGUGCUGCUGCGCGUUCGUAUGUUGUACUACAUCAAGCACGAGGUGCUCGGCGAUUUGGUCAAUCAAAUCAACGAAGGUGCCAAUGCCAGCGAUCUCCCAAUUCGGCCACCGCCUACGCCCGAUCAGCUGCCGUGCUCAUGGUGGAAUCCAAAUUGUUGCGAUCGAAGUUUGUUGGUGGGCACGUACAAACUGGGCUGCGAAAACUACCGUGCGAUGCGGGCGGAUCCGAUGCUCUGCUUCCAGAGCCACUGCGGUCCAGGCGACGGCACCGUCGAAGAGACAGCGAUUGUCAAAGAGAACGAUGAUGAUGCUAACUCCAAGCAAGGAGACAACGAAGAAGAUCAAGAAGACGGUGGCCCCUCGGAGACGAUCCGGGCGAGUUCCGUCGGCAUCGAGUUGAAGGAUGAUGAUGAAGAAUCCACAGCUGGUACAACUAGCGCAGCGCCGACACCGGCCCCAUCGGACCUGCUCAAUCCGGAUCUUGUAUGGCCGACGAUGCAGGAUCUAAACACGCGCUUACGGCGCGUCAUCACUUCCUACCAGCGCAACUAUAAGAAGGAGGAGCUGAAGCAGCAACAGAAAGCCAAGCUACAGACGAUUAUCCCACCGGCUGGCACUCCGACCUUAUCCGGCCAAUCAUCGUCGUCGCCUUCAACUCCAUCGACAACUCCCGGCCCAAUGAUUGCCACUCCACCUCAGCAGCAGCAACAACAGCAGCAGCAACAGCAGCAGCAGGGAUCUGCACAGAUUGUCGGUCCUGGAGGCUCGCAAAUGGUGGUUGGCAUGAAUCAUCCCUCUGUCGGAGGGGGUGCAGUCGUAAGUGGUGGCACGAGUGGUACGUACGGCACAAGCGGUGUCGUUUUGCCCGGUGUUGGUCCACAAGGUAAGGGCGUCGGAUCACAGCAGCAACCGCAACCAUCAACCAGCGGUACGGGAGCUGGAAGCGGAGGGUUACAGGCACCGACGACCGGCAUGCCAACGGCGGCAGAUUUCAGCCUAAUGCUCAGCCUAGGCCUCGGUCUGAACCCGGCCGAUCCAAAUCAGCUGGCAAACAUAGAUCUACAGAAGCUAGCAAUGUAUUUGAAAAUGGAGCGGCGCGAAAAGAACGAACAAGUCAUGCGCGAACGCGAACGAGUCCGUUUGGAACAGAUUCCAAAGAAGUGGACGAGACGCGAAGAGAAUGAGUUUAUUCGCGUCCUCACGGGAUAUGGCAUCGAUUUGCAGCCCAAUACCACCGUUCCCACGCCCGAUUGGAGUCGUUUCAAAGUGUUCGCCAAGCUGGACAAAAAGACGGACGAAAAUCUGAGCGACUUCUACAAAGUGUUCAUCGCGAUGUGCAAACGGCAGGCCGGCGUAAAACUGACCGAGGAGGAGAAGGGGCUCGACGGUUUGGUAGAUGACGUUACCGAAGACCACGCUAAGCUCAUCCUCGACCGGCUGGAGCUGCUGUCGAAGGCGCGCCAGAUCGUAAAGCAUCCGAAGCUGGAAGAAAACAUCCGGUUGUGCGAGAAUAAUCUCGAUACACCCGAUUGGUGGAUUCCGGGUCGGCACGAUCGUGAGCUGCUGAGGGCGGUGCUAAAGUACGGUAUCUAUCGCUCGGAGCAGCUAAUUCUAGCCGAUCCUGAGUUUCCGUUCUUCGAAUCUGCCAAGAAGUAUCUGCAGCAGCUCGAGAUGCAGAUUCAGCUGCAAAAUCAGCAGCUGCUGAAAAUGCAGGCGGAAGCGGCGGCUAAAGCGGAAGCGGCAGCCGCCUCGAAGAAGGCUUCGUCUCCAGAGAAGUCGUCGACCACCUCCACCACUACCACCGUUCCGGAUUUAGCUGUGAAGAAAGAAAAAGAACCAGCGACGGCUGUGGUGGCAAUAGCAGUAGACGGAUCGCCGGAAAAGGAAGCUAGUGAAGCUAUUGCGAAGGUUGAAGUUGUUGCUCCUGCAUCACCGGUGAAACAAGAGGUUACUGAAAACACCACCGACACAACGAUGGAAGUAUCGGAGGGCGAAAAGGCUGCAGUUACCGCCACUUCAAGUCCCGAAAAGAAGGAUACCCCAGAGAGCGGCCCGGAAAGUCCCAAGAAAUCUGUUUCUGAAGACGGUGGUGCUACCGAAACUUCUGUUCCAGUUGAGGUGGUGGAUGCCAAAUUGCUGGAGGACAAGGAAUCGUCCGAGAAGGAUGAUACCGCCGAAAAAGAAUCAUCUGAAAACGUUGCGGACGAUAAAGCAGCCUCUGAGAAACUGUCCGCCGAAGAGUCGUCGUCCAUGGUGGUAGAGCUAACGAAAGAGUCGACGAUUACUUCACCGGUCUCUGCCGCCGCCGUCGAUGAAUCCAAGGCCGAAGACACAAUGACAGUCGAUAAUAAAGAGGAGGAUCAUCCUGUUGUACCCGAGAAGGUUGUCGAUGAAGCAUCCGCCGAGAAGCUGGACACCGUUGAGAACACAACAAUGGAAUCCAAGUCGACCGAACCGGAAUUAGCGCCGACGACCGCACCAGCAGAGAACGGAAGCGAAAAGCAACCGGAAGCAGGCGAAGAGGAGAAAAUGAGUGUGGAUCCACCAGCGGCUGAUGAAGUGAACGACAAAUCAGAGGCGAUAGCAGCAGAACCAGAAACUAAAACAUCGGAGGCCGUUGUCGAAAAAUGUCACGAUCAGCUGAUGGCCGAAGAGAAGGAUGGCAAAACUACUCCGGAAGUCGUCGACGAGAAAGAGAAAGUCGAUGAAAAGAUGGACACAACCUCCUCCGAUGUGGUCGAGGAGAAAGCGACCGAAAGUGUUGCUGUUGAUGCAGUACCGGAAAAGAAAGAUGCAAUGGAAGUCGAUGAGUUGCCGGUAGCGGAAAAGGAAGAAGCAAAGACUGAGCAGUUGGAGAAGGAACCUGAAAAGGACGUUGUUCAACCAAUGAAGGAGGAUGCUCCUGUCGAAACUUCUCCAAUCGGUGAAGAACGCAAAUCGGAAGAUGAGCAGAAGACCGAUGAACUCAUCACAAUCGCUUCAGGUUCGCCGAAAAAGAGUACUAACGAUGUCGCAGAGGGUAAACAAUCCGGGGAAACUAAGGACAAUGAAGAUAAACCUUCAACUGCUGUGCAGGAAGAAAAUGGUGGCGAGGCAAAAUCUGCCGUUACCGAAAAUGCCGAGGAUCAGAAGGCAAAGGCUAUCGAUGAAUCGGAGAAAAUGGAAGAAGACGCAUCUCCGAAGGUAGACGAACCUGCUGCUCCAAAGGCUACUUCGCCAGAAGCAGCUCCAGCGUCCCCGGCAAAGGAACUCUCUGAGUCAUCGAAAGAUAAGCAAUCGGAACCAGAGACGGUUGAAAAGGUCACGGAAGCUGAAGACGCCGCUUCUAGCAAUGCUACUGAAGCUGCUAAUACUGUCAAGUCGCCAGAAAAACUGGUAGAGAAGGAAACCGAAGAGGGCACAGCAUCAGCCGCCGUUCCGGAAACAGCAGCCGUGCCGAUAGCUGCUGAAAAAACUAGCGACGAUGCUGCAGUGGCAGCUUCGGUGACGCCAGAAAAACCGAAACAGCCGGAACGUUCCCCUUCGCCGGAUGUGAUUAUCGUCGAAGAGAAGAAACCGGUCGAGGUGAAGCCUCCGACGGUGGCGAUUGUAAAUCUGACGGAGGAAGAACGUUGUUCGAAGCAGGCAGCUGAACUAAAGGCGCGUUUCCCCGACCUGGAAGUGUUCCAGCCGUUGAUGAAGCUAAAGCAGCUAGACAGCAGCAGCUUCACCAAGGAAGAUUUGAAGACUAUGAGCAAAUUCGCCAGCAUGAUCGACACGUCGAUGAUCGUGAAGUGGUUCCGCGAUUUUGCGCUCGAGCGACGCGUCGGUCACAUCAUCUACUGCGUGGAGCAGGGUGAGUGGCCCGUUGGCAAGUCGUACUCUGCGUACACCGGUUGUCUCGGCAUCGACCUGGACAUUCCACUGUACGAGACGAUCAAGCGCAUCAUUCCGGUGAACGAUGAUGCGGUACGUCGAUCAACUUCCAGCACGCCGGAUGUGAUCACGAUCACGACCGAUCACCAGAACGCGAAACAAAUCAGCAGCCAGGCGGCCGCCAUCCAGCAGCAACAGAACCAGCAGCAGCAGCUUCAGCACCAACAACACCAGCAGCAUUCCGCUGCGGCGGUUGCGGCUGCUGUGGCAGCGGCCGGUGGAAGCGGUUCGGCCGCUGGGAAUGUGGUUGCCUCGCUUAUGAGCAGUGGAGUAGUCGGCGCUUCGUCGUCCGGAUCUUCGGCGGCGAUGAAUCACCAGAGUAUGUCCAUGGCGGCUGCGCAUGCAGCUGCGACUGCGGCGGGUGUAUCGAUGCCGCCGGCAAGUAAGAAACGCAAGCGUCAUAUUGCUAUCGAUGUUGAAACCGAGCGGGCGAAAUUGCAUGCGCUGCUGAAUAAUACUCAGAGUCCAGUACCUACAGGCAGUUCCAAAUCGCAGCAGGCACACAGCUCGACAUCGAACAGUGGUGGUGCGGGCGGCAGCCUGCAGUGGAACGAUGACGACGUGCAGGAAGUGGUUAGCGGUCGAGGCAAUGCUCGCGGUGGCAGUGGGUCCAGCGGAAAUGCUAACGCUUUGCAGCCACCGCCAGCACACCAGCACGGCCCACGGAAUCAGAUGUCGUACCCGAAGCCGACACUCAUUCCCGGAACUUCCAGCACACUGACACCGAUUGAUUUAUCUUCGAGUUAUAGCCUACCGAAGGUGAACAUUGCCGAUAUGAUCAAGAAUAGCAGUGGCCUCGGUGGUAUGGGUGGCCCGAUGGACCUGAGCGAGGUGCAGGACUUUUCGAUCGGCAAGAACAAAAAGUCCUCUGCCGGCGGCCAGCAGCUUCCGAGCGGCAUCAGCAUCACCAGCGCGAACAUGUCCUCGGGUAUGCUGAGCGCGGCCCAUCAGCACCAGCAGCAGCAGCAGUCACCGUCGGCAGCGGUCGCGGCAGCGGCGGCGGCUGGCAAGGGCAAGCUGAACGACAUGCUCUCUAAGCUGAUGAAAAAGAACAACGUGAGCGUACCGAUCGAAGAGCCGCCACUCGGAAAGGAGAAGAAACGCCGCAAGCUGGAUGAAAUCGUGCUCGGUUUGUCGGCGGCCAAGGAGCACAAGACCAUCUUUGGCGACCCAACACCGCCCGGUGGUAGCUUCUCCGGCAGUUCAAUGAAGAAACCGCAAAUUCCACCGAGCGUUUCCGUCACACCGGCCAGCGCGCCGUCCUCGGUUAGCCAGCAGCCACCGCAGAAACCGUUCACCAUCACCGUUACGAGCGUUCCGGGCAAUCCGAAGGGUCAAGAUGGUAGUGGUGGUGGUCGUGGUAGUUCUUCGUCGAGCAGUGGUCAGAGUGCGGCGGCGGCUGCCGCUAGUAUGCAGGCUGCUCUGCAAGGCAUGUCCGGUAUGGGUGGCGCACUGUCGACGAAGGACAGUCUGAACGCACUAUUCGCCCAGGCGGCACAGGUUGAGCAGCAGGCCUUCCUUAAGCAACAGCAGAAGCUGAUCCAGUCGCUGCCGGCCAAUUCACCCCAGCGCAAGGCCUACGAGGCGAUGUUCGCCGAGAUGAAGCAGGCGGCAGAGUUGAGCUCGAAGCUUGGCCAGUACGGAAGUGCGCACGAUGCGAAGGUUAACAAGUGGCUCGCAGAACAAACGGCCGCCCUUACCGAGCAGGCGAUGGGCAUGGACUAUCUGUCGCGCUCGAGGUCACGGGGUGGUGCUCAAUCGUCUGGUCAGGGAGGAACAAGUUCACGCUCUACCCGCGGUUCGGCCAACAGUAGUCUUCAGCAGCAGCAGCAACAGCAGCAACAACAGCAGCAGCAACAACAACAGCAGCAACAACAACAGCAACAACAACAGCACCAUCACCAGCAACAACAACAACAACAAGUGGAUAGCAAUCCGAUGCAAUUUAACUGGAAGAAUCUAACCGGUGAUGAGUACGUCGCCGUCAUCAACAAAAUCAACGGCAAGCGGCUGACCGGCAACAAGGCGCCCCAGCUCAAGCGUCUUACCCAGUGGUUGGCGGACAAUCCGGCCUACGAGAUCGAUCCAAAGUGGGCCGAAUCGAUCACGCUACCCGGCGGACCGGGUAUCCUCGCGACGAAAGGUUCGGAUAACAGCGGAAGUGGAAGCGGUGGAAGCUCGGCAAAGCAGAUGCGCUCGCAGAACGCAGCCGCAGCCAAUCAAUACGGCUCGGCUGCCGGCGGCAGUGGUGGCCAGCAAUCGGGUGGUGGUGGAUCCGCGUCGACAUCCGCGUCGUCCUCGUCGAAGAAACACUCCCAGAGCAGCAACAAUGCAGCGGCCGCAGCGGCAGCAGCAGCAGCCGCCGCCAGCAUGCAGUUCCCGGGACUGGCCGGGCUGAACGCAAACCUGCUCUCGAGCAUCCCGGGACUGGGUAGCUUCGAUCCGAAGAACAACCCACUGCUUAUGCCGUUCGGUGGCAUGCCAGGACUGGCCGGGCUCGGUGGGUUGGGAAAUUUGAACAACAUGAAUCUCUUCUCGAAUCUGGCCGGUUUGGGCGGACUGGGCGGCGCCGCCGGAGCUGGUGGAAUGGACGCGCAAAGUCUCGCCGCCAUGAUGGCCGCGGCUGGACUCGACCCGACGGCAGCACUGAGUGCGGCCGCCGCCGCUGCCGCUGCCGGAACGCCCACGAAGGGUGGUUCAGGAAAAUCACGCGGCAAACAGUCGGCGUCGGCGGUAAACGAUGGUGCCGGAACGUCCGGGACCGGAUCGGGUCAGCAGGGAGGAGGUGGCGGAGGCUCAUCGUCAAAGGGCCAACAACAGCAACAGCAAGCCGCGGCAGCAGCUGCAGCAGCCGCAGCAGCAGCCGCCAACAGUCAGUUCCCGUUCUUCUUCCCCAAUCCGAGUUUACUGUACACUCCACUCGGUUUGGGUGGUUUGAAUCCGUACGGAUUGCCGGGUGCUAGUGGUGCGACGACCGGUACCACCUCGACCACCACAUCGCGUCAAUCGCAGUCCGGUAAGCAGAAUUCGCGCGGUGGCGGUGGUGGAGGAAUGGGUUCGGGAAGUUCAGCCUCACAGUCGGCCUCGUCUCCGGGAGGUAGCGGGAAGGGAGGACGCUCGUCCGGGUUGAGCCAACAGCAGCAGCAAGCGGCUGCAGCGGCCGCCGCAGUUCACCAGCAGGCGGCCCGUGAAGCGGCUCAGUUGAGUCUGCUCCUGCCGCACGACACACACUUACUGGAAUCUCUGACUCGUUCCGCUGGGCUCGACAUUUCGGCUGCCGCAGCGGCCGUGGCCGCAGGUUCGAGUGGUGGCGGAGGAAGUGGUAGCGGCAGUGGUCGCGGUGGCAGUGGAUCCAGCGCAUCGGACAAACGUGCGCGAGAGAGUGCGGCCGCACAACAGGCCAACAAACAGGCGCUCGAGAAAUUGGAACGGGAGCGACGUAAAAUCCUGGAAACACUCACCGCCGGGGGCUUCCCGGGAGAUUUGGCUGCGAUGCAGGCGGCCUUCUCGGGCUCAUCCGGCAAGAUGUCCUCCUCGUCGAAGGGCGGUAGUAGCAGCAGCAGCAGUAGUAGUGCGGCAGCCGCCUCCGCACAGGCUGCUGCCGCCGCCGCAGCAAUGGCGGCCAUGUCCGGCAAGGAUAUGCCGCCGCUGCCCAUCCCACCAGAGUUCAGUCAGGCGCUCUUUGCGGGCAUGGCAGCCCAUGCACUUUCAGCGUCGGCUGCCUCUUCCGGGGCGGGUGGCUCUGGGGGGGCCGGUGGAAGUGGACGAUCGUCAUCGCCGUCGGCGGCUAAAAAGGCACGCGAACACCAGGACCUAAAGGAUGCGUUCGAACAGUUGAGCAAGAACCCGAUCGAGCUACUAGCUCGAAGUCUCGGAGUUGGGCCAGCCAUUUCCCUCAUCCCAACGUCAUCCUCGUCCUCCCCAACCCCACCGUCACCUUCCGAGUCGAAACGAGCGCGACACGAAGCGGCUCAACUACAGCACCAUCUGUCGAAGCUAGACCCUAAGACCACAUCGUUGCUUCUGGGCGGUGGAGUAGGAGGAGGUGGAGGAAGUGCAUCCGUUGCGCCGGAAGAGCUGAAAAGUUCAUCCCGUUCGAGUCGGUCGAGUGCGGUCGGUGGAAGCAGCAGCAGUAGCGCCACUGACACGGCUGCAUCGUUACUCGGGCUCGACAAGGUGACCCUCACACCGGCUAGCAUAGCCGCAUCAUUACCCUCACAAACAACCAUCUCGCUUGCGCCAUCUCCGCUUCCGAAUGCCGCUGGCGGUGGUUCUUCGUCGUUGAACCUGAGCGCCAAAAGUCCGGCCCUGUCGAGUUCGUCCUCAUCGAGCAGCAGCUUGUUGAUGGAACGCGAGCGUGAACGUGAACGUGAGCAUCACCAUCGGGAGCGGGAACGAAGCGAACGGCACGAACGGCACGAGCGCGAUCGGAUGGAGCGUUUAGAGCGACGGGAACGUGAAGAACAGCGGGCCGUCAUGGCAGCGGAACGGCUGGUCGGAGGCUCGUCUUCGUCAUCGUCGUCAGCGGCGGCGGCGGCGGCGGCCGAGAGAAGCCUACGCUCGUCCGUGGAGAGUAGUAUCGCGGCAGACCUAAGUCGUGCGGCAGCCGCUGGACUGUCCGUGUCUCUUGCGAACCCGGGAAGUUCUUCGGCCGCAGCCAGUGGAAGUAGCAGCAACAGUUUGCUUAGCGCGUCACUAUCCCUCACCGCGCUGGGUCCACAGAACCUUUCCUCGCCGGGUGGCACAAGUUCCAGCCAUGGCGUAGCCGCCUCCAGCUCCUCAGCAGCGUCGGAACACACCACCGGGGGUGGUGGUGGACCCUCACAACAACAACAAGGUGGUGGUGGUGCUCCCGAAAUGGAUUUGGAAGAUUUGAUUGCACCUUCCAAGCUUUCGAAAUCGAGCGGGGGUAUACUGAACGAUGAGGACGUCGAUCCACAGAAGCAGAUAAUGUUGCUGAAACAGAAGCAGAAACUUCUGCAGCAGGAACAUCUGAAGAAGGUGCACGAGGCACAGGAGGCACAGCGAUUGAUCGAACAGCAGCGCAUCAUGGCGGCGGCAGCGGCCGCCGCAGCCGAGCAGAAGAAGCUGCAGCAGCAGCAACACCAUCAUCAGCAUCAGCAGGAUCACAGUAGUACUGGAGGACGGCAGUUGACGGAGGAGGAGCUGGCUGUUGAGCCGCCUCCACGAUCAUCCUCGCGACACCACAGAGAGGAAGACGAUGACCAACUGCUGCGUCACCGAAGUAGUGGCGAAUCAUCAUCCAAGCGCCGCCGUGAGCCAACCGGUGAGUUGAUGGACGGCACAGCGAGUUCGUCGAUGAUCGGUGGUGGUGGUGAUGGUGGCGAAUUGAAGCGCGCACGUGAAGAGGUUGACUCGCUUGGUGAAUCGUCACAACAUCAUCAUCAACAACCGACGGUUGCGACAGCUGCACGUUCCGAGGCCGGUUCAUAUGACGAAGGGCGCGAGCGUGAUCAUCACCAUGAUCUGCUUCUUGGCAGCGAGAAAGAAUCGUUAGUGGAAUCGGACCACGAAGCAGGCGGAGGAGGCGCAGGAUUUGGCAGUGCCACGCAACACCACCACGAGGAAGAUCGCCGUCGGACAUCGAGACGCCAGCAGCAACAACAUCACAGCCUGGUCGAUGGUGGCGCCGACGACGACGAAGCGAAUCGUUCCGAGUCGGAAAAGUCCACUCCGGAGUUCGGUGGUAAUUCUUCCGCGAUGCCUGGUGGUUCUCUGUCCUCCGGGGCGCGCAAAUCAACGCGCUCCAGCACCGACGCCGCCAACUCGAGUGGUGGCGAAUCGAACGGCGGUGGUGGUACGUCGUCGUCGGCAGUGGCCCAAGCAGCCGCUCAGCAAGCGGCCUCCUCAUCGACCCCUUCCGGUAGUCGUCGAACGACGCGCAGCAAACGACCGCGCAGUGGCGAAGAUUUGGAGUCGACGGUCGGUGUUCCCGAGCGGAAGCGUGAGCUGCGAUCGAGCGCUGGACGCCAGGCGGCUGCUGCUGCAGCGCGCAUGGCCGCCGAAGCGAAGGCGGCUGCAGCGGCCGCAGCUGCUGCCGCGGCUGGUGGGUUCUCCGAUAGCAGCACCGGCUCGCUCAACCUAUCCGGCACCGGUGGUGGCGGUAAGGAUCAGCACGAUUCGGACAGGGACGAUCAGCCGAUUUGACUAAAAACGAGUAAAUGACGCUUAUAAAUGUAGUGUAGUGUGGUCGAGGGAAGUAGUACUAAUAGAGAGAUAAGCAAAAAAGUGACGAGGUUGAGGCAUAUAAGAGAAGGAGAGACACGUUCUUAGACAUUAUAUAAGAGAAAAAAGUGACACACACUGAUAUUACGUACGAAAAUAUUGCCGGUUCAACACGUCGUCAAGCGAGGGGGGAGGGAGGAGGGCCGAGAGGAGAACUCCUUGGCGCAACAACGUACGCACGUUUUUGUUGUAUGUAUCUGCGCGUUUCAAACAUGGCAUCAUGGUCCGAAGGUCAGCGAUUUUGCGGUACGCUCCUGCUGUUUUCUAUCCUUUUUGUGGAUGGAUAGAAAAUAGAUGGAGACACAGCAAAUAACAUCAACAACAACAACAACAACAACCACCACCAAAAGAACAUUUAAACGAAAGGAAGCUUACGCUCCGGUGGAUGACGGGAUUGGGGUUUUUAAAAGUCCGGUGUUCGGUGGAGCACCGAACGAUCUUGUGGGAAAGCCCUAUCCGUCGUUCGCGAUGGACCGUAAGAGAAGAAAAAGACAUUUUAGACAACCCGGACACACGCCGUUUUUACGGCGUACGUUGCGAAACAUCCACUCACACACUCAUUCACUCACACACACAUACUCAAACACACACACUCAUAGACAAAAGAAGGAAUCAAAGGGAAGUUCUCGGAUAAGGAGAACGAGACGACGGCGUGGCACAUAGUUCAGAACAUUUCAAUCUGAUAUGCAAUGCGAAACACUGUAACGUAAAAAAAACCACGUAUAUAAAAAAGUGAAACAAAAACAAAUUCUACCCCCAUGUGCUCAUUCUUGUCACUAAAUGAAAGAGAAAAAAAAGAGAAAAAGAAAGAAAAAUAGGACAAAACAAAGGAGCGAGAAUAUUGCCACAAAUCAAAACUGAGAAGCAGGCUAUAAGUGAAAAAGA